GUAACCUCCGUUUUGAUACUCAUCCAUCGCAGCAAGCUAAUGAUAUCCCCACCAGAUCACAUCUUUUCUCAAACUAGAUCGACUACCCGAAGUCGCCUACAACCAAACAUCUGUGGCAACCCUAAUCGACCAUCAGAAUCGGCCACGCCUUGUCCUGGCUAGCUCAUAGCCGCCGAACCACGCGCCUCGAGCGCAACUCCCCACACACUCACAGGCAGAUCGUAGGAUUUGCAGGUCUUCAAGAUGCCAAAAUAUAAGUCUCUCUUCUGCGAUUAUUGCGAUGUCUACCUGACGCAUGACUCGAUGAGCGUGCGCAAGGCUCAUAAUUCAGGACGCAAUCAUUUGCGAAACGUCGUCGAAUACUACCAGCAAAUCGGCCAUGAAAAGGCCCAGUCAGUAAUUGACUCUAUCACGAGCUCGUAUGCUGCAGAAGGACAAGCGAACCCCAUGCUACAACACCCUGGUGCUCCAGGGUCAUUGCCGCCGCCACCAUUCGGCUUUCCAGGACGACCAGGACAAUUGCCGCCACCGCCAUUCGGUAUUCCGCCUCCAGGCGCCCCUGGUGGAUUACCUCCCCCAGGAAGCCGCGGCAUGCCCCCAUUUCCUCAUCCCUUCCCUAACGCUGCUGGUGGUCCAUCAGGUCCUGAACCAGCCGGCCAAUCUGGUGCACCACCGGCUGGCCUUCCAGCCGGCAUGCCUCCUCUACCAGCUGGUCUCCCAUUCCCACCACCCGGCGGCUUCCCAGCGAACUUCCCCCCUCCGCCUGGCUUCCCAGGGGUACCGACAGCACCUGGAGGAGGUCCCAGUGCCGCCCCUGGUUCUAGCAUCUCGCCGCCUCCGGGAGGUGCUGGAGGGUUCCCUCCGCCGGGGUUUGGGCCGCCGGGGACCGCGGAGAAGAGAUGAUAUAAUUCAACAGUCAAGGGGAAAAGUUCAUUCAUAAGAUAAAUGUGCAUGUAAAUUAUAAUUCACGCAGGCAAAGACGGAGAUGAACAAGUACCGGCGUUUUACGGAUGUUUUUUCUUCUUACAAUUUCUUUUCUAGGGCUCAAAAUGAGUUUUGAAUAGUUUGAUAUACGUGCGGAUCUAUUAUAUCAUGUAUGCAGUCAGUCCUGCAUCAGGCGGUAAAUACGAGGUUCAGGGAUACCAUCUUAAAGCAACUGUUUUCAAUAAGUUAUGAUUAUAAUUGAAACCAUUUGACUGGUUGAUAUUCACAUGGAUGUAUUGAUAACGAUAUUACAGGUGUCAAUAUGUCAGUGUGGCUGAUGCUAGAGCUGUUAGGUAUCCUUCACAUAUUGACUAAUUGUGAACCAAAGAUAUGCCAACUUGCAAUAACCUCGAUUCAGUUUAAUAAUGAA